AUGGAGAUUAUCCAUGAUCUGCCGGAGGAUAUCAGGAGCAAAAUCGCCGCGUACUUGACGGAUGAGGGCACACCAGUCAUUUUGGGCGCACCGGCAGUGAUAUCCGAUCAGACCUGUACGAAUAGCAUCAGCGUCCGUGACGCGCUAGCAAACAUGGUGACCGACGGCCGCAAACACCAUCUCGACUGGAAGUACAUGGGCUACAUGACACACUACGUCGUCACGACCUGGUUCGCCGUCAACACCUUCCUCAUCCACGACUCUGUGGCGUUAGAUACCUUCUUCCGCGACAUCUCCCUCGGUGACACAGUCUUCCCCAGCAUCGUACCUGCGGAGCACUUGCGUUGUUUGAGCGUCGUGUUGCGGGGCAAUAUAAAAGACUACGAGCCUCAGAAACGUGAAUCGGACGUGUUUAGCGAGCAUAUUGAGCUAGUGCUCAAGAUGAAGAAGCUCCGUGGCUUUAGGCUACACGUUAUGAUCGAGGCGUCCGAGUUGGAAAGGGUCGAGGAGAUUCUGAGCGCGGUGAGGGGCGUGAGGGCGAGACUGAUGAGUAAGGGUGUGAGUGUGCGGUUUACUUGGAGAAGCGAGGAGCUGGAUGGGUAUUUCAGGGAAUUGCAGAAGAUCGGGGUGUGA